UGUUGCUUAGACUUGACUCCUACUCAAAUUGAGUACCCAUUCCCACAACCAAUUGAACUUGUAUUGAGCCACUCCUUGCUAGCACAAACGCCCUCCUCAAGUUGUUAGGGAAGUACUUCUUAAUGGAAAUGUUGGCCUCUCAGUCUCAUCUGGCCAUGAAACCUUCAAAGGGGAAGCUCCCCUUCUCGGUCAUGGUGGUCAUUGUAUGCGCCCUCGCCUUCGCCCUUAUCCUCUAUGCAGAGGAUGUCAAAAGCCUUGCCCGGUCCUCCAUGCUCAAGCUCAAGUCUUGCCCGGCUCAAUAUCUCGCACCCGCUCACACCGCAAAAACACCAACUGUAGAUGAAGAAGAGAUAGAUGAGAGAGAUUAUGAUCUGGAGGAAUGUGACAUGGUUAAGGGAAGGUGGGUGUUCAACCGAUCGAGGAAGCCUUUAUAUACCGAGGAGAGCUGCCCGUAUAUCGACCGUCAAGUCUCAUGCCAUACGAAUGGAAGGCCAGAUGAUGACUAUCGGUACUGGGAAUGGCAACCAGAUAAUUGCGUGCUACCAAGGUUUGAUGCAGCAGUGGCUCUAGAGAGACUAAAGGGGAAGCGCCUAAUGUUCGUUGGGGACUCCCUUCAACGUGGGCAAUGGAUGUCCAUGGUUUGCUCUCUCUAUUCCCACAUCCCACCUGAUCAGAAAUCCAUGAAACGGGGCCACUCUCUGUCCAUCUUCCAGGCUAAGGAGUACAACGCCACAAUUGAGUUCUACUGGGCUCCAUUUCUAGUGGAAUCAAACUCUGACAUCAAAGUUAUAGGAGAUCCAAAGAAGAGAAUACUGAGACUUGAUUCUAUAUCAAAACAUGCACAGCACUGGAUUGGAGUGGAUAUCCUCGUGUUCAAUACUUACGUUUGGUGGAUGAGUGGACUCAAGAUCAAGUCUCUUUGGGGUUCGUUCGCAAAUGCAGAAGAAGGGUACGAGGAGUUAGAUGCGCCUAUUGCUUACAGGAUCGGCCUAAGGACAUGGGCUAACUGGGUAGAUUCCACCGUGAAUCCGAACAAAACCAGAGUGUUCUUCACCACCAUGUCCCCCACUCACAUGAGGAGUUCAGAUUGGGGCAAUGACAAGGGGAUCAGAUGCUACAAUGAGACUAGGCCUGUCUUGAAAAGAGGCUAUUGGGGCAGUGGGUCCGAUGGUCGCCUGAUGAGUGUAGUGGGGAGCAUAGUAAAGAGAAUGAAGGUUCCUGUAUCCGUUAUCAACAUAACCCAACUAUCCGAGCACCGAAUAGAUGGUCAUACAUCGGUUUACACCGAGACCCACGGAAAAGUUUUGAAUGAUGAGCAAAAGGCUGACCCAUUACAUAAUGCAGACUGUAUCCAUUGGUGCCUACCUGGAGUACCUGAUACAUGGAAUCAGAUCUUGUAUUCUUACUUAUAAGCAAGAGACAAAUUAGAUCUCUUAAAAAAGGGAGAGAGAUUAGUUCUCAUUAUUGCAAUGGAAAGAGAAGAAAUGGAUUUUCCUUCUUGUAAUGGCUAAUUGCAUUGCUCAAACUAACAAUCAGAAGAUAAAAGUCUUCUGCAUGGAUUCCCGUACAUCACUUGAAAGUAAACAAGAAACAAGAUGAUUGCUGAUACAAGUUCAAAUUCUAUUCUCAUCAAUUAAAGAAUAUAGAGUCUAAUGCCCAUAUAAAGGUAAGAACAUGGUUUUUGUGUGUUAGCGGACACACCUGUGACCGUGAAUCCCCUAAGAUGUACCCCGUUGUUGUAGAUCAGACACAGAACUCAAAAAAGAGCAACUGGGCACAGGAAAUCCCAGUUCCCCUCGCUAGUCUGUCUCUGUCUUCCUUCUCUAACUUCUGCCACUCUGUUUCACUGGCUAUUCAGAUUUCUCCCUCUGGUAGUUUUUUAUUUUUAUUUUAUUUUAUUUUAUUUUUUGU